GCAUGAGAGGCGCACUAAAGAAGUUUAGAAGGAAUUGGGAGUAAUUGUGGUCUGAGAUAUUUUGGCUUCGUACUCUCCAAACUUUAGUAGUGUUUUUCCCGAAACCAAUUCGUAAAGAGAAGCAUUUUGGUAUCACUGAACAAAAAGGAGAAAGUGAGUUGAGGAAUGAAGGAAGGUGAGAUGAUAUUUAAUUUAAAUAUCACAUUGGAAUGCUCAUUGUCUUUUGCACACUGUUCGAAUGCCUAAGUUGGUGGGGUCUUUCAUUGAUUCUAUUAUGGAUUUAUUGAGAAUGAUGGCAAGAAAAUGAAUCUCAGGGUUUUAUAUGGUGACAUAUAUGGACGUUCAGCUUUGAAAAUGUUUCUGAAUGGGCUGUGUUUAGAGAGCUGAUGAAAGUAGCAUUUGGAAGAUUGUGUGCAGGUCUUGGCACCACUGAACAUCGGGAAGGAUAUUGAGUGAGCACAGGGAAGAUUUAUCGCAAUAACUGAACACCACGGUGAAAAUGGAAAUUAGCCAACUUCUUGCUAUACAGUAUUCCCUCCAGUUGGAAUGUUAGAAUCAGAAUCUGAUUUAAUGUCAUGGGCAUAUGUUGCGAGAUUUUUGUUUUGUGGCAACAGCACAUUUCAAUAUACUGCACAAUAAAAACUGUGAAUUACUGUCCUUGAUGCUAUGGAGGCUGGUGCCCUUGAUGGAGCCGACUAAGUUUAGAACUUUCUGAUGCCCAGUAUAAUCAGGGAUUUUGAAACUUUAAGAAGAUUGUGGAGAGUCUAUUUUUGAUUCAGUGAUACAGAAAUUGGGACCUUCCAUAAAUGGACAAGACUGGAAAGUGGAGCUGUGAUGUUUGUCAGCUGUAUCAAUGAGUGAGAGAGCUGGUGUAAGGGAUUGAAAACCCCGUUCCUGUUCCCAUGUCAGACGGAGAUAGGAAAGGAGGACGUGCGGAACUGAGGGAAAGUUUGGUGAAGUUGAGAGUGGAGUGUCUUAAUGGAAACUUUUGAUCCCAUCUCUUGCUGAUUUAUUUUUUUUAUGACAAAAGAUCCAUUGAGAAGAAUGAGUGCUUUUAACCACACCAGAACAAAACUUCAUGUGAUCUGCUUCCAGUGACCCUGGGUAUGGCAACGUUGGUCUGAAUGCUGCUGCUGGGUUCAGUUCAGGGCUCCUUGUGUGGUCCUGACAGGUGCAGAAUGAAGCCAGUCACUCCGGUCGGUUCUCCAUCGCCCCUCAGACUGUUGAACAAAGGCCCAGAGUACCUCCGCAAGCACAUAGAAAGCGGCAACAGGAGCCGGGCGCUGAGCGCAGUUGAGAGGCUUGAAGCGGACAAGCCCAAGUAUGUUAAAAGCCAGCAAGCAAUGACCACCAAGCAAAAGGCUGGAAGUAGUCCUUGUGCAUCACCAUCAUUUGGUGGGAACCGGGUCAGGCCUUGCGAAGCCAGAGUUCCGUGCCAAGAACUUAAUGCCAGGAAAGAAAAUACUAACAUGGAGGAACUUAAUAAUGCCAGGAAUAUCUUGCUGGACAAGCCAUCCCAUGAUACGGUAGUUACCAGGAGGGCCAUCUCCAAAAGGGUCAUGAGGCCCGACUCCUUGGUCAUCUAUAGGCAGAAACGGGAUUGCAAGGUAGGGAGCACUGAGACCUCUAGGGGUUACAGCUUCAUUCGGCGACUGUUCCAGGGGUCAAUGAGAGACAAGCAGAUGGUCUCUCUGGAAACACAGAAGGUCAUUCUGAAGGAGGGUGACAGGUCCUUCCCUGAAGGUAACACACACACAUGUCAGUUAACAAUCAGUGAUGAAGUAGAAACUGAGAAUCACCGUGUCGGUGUUGUUUCCCAGAAAGGAGUGACCAGCUGCCCUGCGUCACCCAUUUGCAUGACCAAAAUUGAGAAUUUACCAAGUGGGCAAGCAGUCUUGAGAAACAGGACUUUACAUCACUCAAGUUCUGACCUCACUCUGCGUAAUUCUGUUGCUUUGUCAGAAAAGGACCGUUUUUUCAAUUACUGUGGUCUUGACCUGGAUGUGGUGGACUGCCUUGGGCUGUCGAAGCUCUCUCCUGCCAACUCGGAUUCCACCUUGGUCAGAGUUCAGAACACUGGCUUGGCUGACAGUGAAGGCAGUGAAUUUUCUCGCUGGAGUCAAGACGGAGAAGGUCUUUAUGAGGAAGAAAUUCACGAGCAAAUCUCUUCGGGGAUUUCUGUCAUUGAGAGGAACGCACGGGUCAUCAAGUGGCUAUAUAGCUGCAAGAAGGCCAAAGAGGGACCAAAGGAGUCAACUGUGUAGAGAAGAGAUGCUUUAAAUUGCAUGGACACUAUUGUCCCUGCGUUACAAUCUGAUUUAUCAGAAGGGAAUUAGAACGGAUUGAAUCUUCAAGUAUUUAAAAGCUUUAUUUUCAUUAUUUAACUUUAAAGACUACUUUUCAGUUUUGGCAUGAAUGUUUUAUUUGAAGACUUUAAGCAAAUGGUGGUUGUUUAGUGCAGCAUUUAAAUAUGAUCGACCCAGGUUAGAUGGGCAUAGUAUUACAUUGUGCCUUGUUUAUUCUCUCAUUUGAAAUUAAAAAUCAUUUUGUUGUUCAUUUUAAUGUACCCAAACUAGUAACAAGCACAUCCAAGUCCAGCACAGAUCAGAUUAGAAACAUUAUCCUUUACAAUUAUCAAAGCUGUUUUAUAUGAUGUCUCAAAGUAUUUUCGUAGUGGAUUUAAAUUUUUCUUGAAGUAUACAUUUGGUCUUCGUUAUCCGCGAAGUCGUGAGGUCAGCCUUGUGUGGAAGUGGGCAGCCCCUGCCAAUGGGGGCAGCAGGGAGGGGGUGUUGUUAUUAACAAAUAAUCUGUAUCACAAGUUUCCACAACACAGAUCUGCAUUAUAUGCACAUUCUUCCAGAAACACAAGUGGGGUUAAAAUGGUCUUGUUGUGUACACUUUUCCACGAGUUCUGUGGCAGUGAAUUUUAUUGCAUGUUUGUUUGAUUUUUUUUCUGGGUGGUGAUUUGCAUUUUGUAAAGGUGGAUUUCUGCUGCCUGAACAGCCAAACGUGGGGGUCAUGUGGACAGUGCCAUCAGUAUGAGCCAAAUCCCUUAGGUUUCCAGCGAUUCUAUUCGAUUUCUUGUGCUGGUAAGUCACGAGUGAGCUGGGGUUGGGCACUGGAACACUAUGGGUAAGAGAUGUAGAUGAGUUUUGGGCUGGAACUAGGUCCAGUGACACCCUGGUAUGCAGCUAAAUCUAGGAUUGGGAAUAUGAGUAGAAGUGGAAUGAGAGUCAGUCCAGAAUGCUUGUUAAGCUGAACUUUACACUGAAGUGGUACCCAUUUGGGGGUGGGGGCUGACUGUUUGUAUAUCAUUGGUGAUGAUCUGAGUGGUGUUAAUUUGAUACCUGCAGGGAGCCCACACCCCAACACCUCAUGGACAACGAGAACUUGGUGGUCAAUUGCACAAAGCAAGCUCCCUCAAACUGCAGUAUAAUGAUGUUCUUAAUGACUGGGAACAAAUAUUAAUCAGCCCACUAUGGGGAUCUCCUCUGCUGUUCUAAUGAGUAACACCUUGGGACCUUCACCAUUGAUCUGGAGGUGAGCCUAGUAUUAAGGUUACAGGAUAGACAGGGUCUCUAAAAGUAUGCUCAAGUGUCUGAAUUUCAGGAUAUUUGAAGCAAACUCCUGAGUAGAGUUGAGAACUUUGUUCACUGAGUUAUAGCAGACACCCAAUGCAAAGCAAAAGUUAGAGGUGGAAUAAGAUUAUGUAGGUCUACACAUUCCCAACAUUGUACCUUGGUACUACCUCAAAAACAUCCUUGAAUGUUACAAGGUGACAUUUCAUUCAUUGACUAUCAAACAUUGGUUGUUGGUUGGAUUAAGCCCCCCAAAUGGACCAUAAGAAAAAGCAUCUUCUAGGAUGGGUAGGAACCCGGUCCCAGCAUCUACAAAGACCUUUAAACAAAAACUUACUUACUUGUAACCUCAUCCUUUUAAGUUAUGCAAAUAGAAGUGAUCCUGGGACCAACACAAAGUGGCUGUGCUGGGCACAGCUUGGACCGUGGCUUUUCAACAUUAAUCAUUUUUCAGUGGAAUCCAGAUGAAGGGAAUCCUGUUUGUUUCUGGAUGAUUGUAAAGCUUCUGUUUAAAAAUAAAUAAAUUUUAUUAAGAAAAU